AUUUAUUUUUGUCUGUUGCACAUUAAGAGUAAGGACAAGGGAAAUAGAAAAUCCUCAAAAUGUUUAAUUCAGAUCGGCAAAAAAUCAGAAAGAACCAAGCCAGCCGUGUGGCUCGAUGGCGGCAAUCAUGCUCGGGAAUGGCCUGCAUUUCACGUUGCCGUCUACUUUAUCGAACAGUUAGUGCAAAGGUACAAAAUAGAUGAUAAGAUCACUGGAUAUGUCGAAUCUCUGGACAUCUACAUUUUCCCCGUGCUGAACCCGGACGGUUUCGUGUUUUCCCGGACAUCGACGAAAUCAAUAAUCCGUCAAUGGAGAAAGAACCGUGCCCCCUCGAAUUGUUCGGGAUCUACAGGCUUCGCGAAAGACGUCUGUUGUGAAGGCGUCGAUUUGAAUAGGAACUAUGAUUUAGGAGCCGUCCGUGAUUUCGUACUAUCCAAGGAAGUCUAUGGACGGUUACAUGCCCUUGUCUCCAUGCACACACAUGGUCAACUGUGGAUUCUACCGUAUAACCACCACAAGCGAACCUACCCGGAAGACUUCAAAGAACUCGAGAGCCUUGCCGCGAGAGCUGCCGAAAAAGUCUACUCGUAUCGAGAGACCAAGUACAGAAUAGGUACAGCCGCGGAUAUGCUCGGCACAGCAACAGGCGGUGCGACGGAUUGGAUCAAGAAGAACACACCCACCAAAUACGUCUAUGUAACUGAACGACCCCAGAUAUGCUCUAGGACAUGGUUCGCGUUCCAAAUCAAACCACACUGGCUGAUCCCAAUUGGAAAAGAGACAUGGAUGGGAAUAAAGGUAAUCAUCGAUCAAGGUAAUCGAAGAGACAAUUGCGGAGCCGAGGCGGCGAGCGAAGUAGAAUUAGCGCUGGUUCUGUUAGGUAGAUGUCGUCACGGUCGCCAUGAUGUACUGUCGUGCCAAUGUGAUUCUUGUUUGUACAUAGUACCUGUUCGAUACUAUGAAAUCUCUGGUUACAUAAAACACACGCUUUAUAAAAAGUUAUACAUU